GUUCGCACGGAGGGACUUCGGACUACACCGGAAGUUCCGGGUUUCGGAGGAUGGGGCAGAGGGUUGGAGUGUAAACAGAAACGAUGGACGGUGGAGUAAAUUUCUCAGCCAUGUUUCCAAACUUGGAGGCUGGUGGAAGUGGAAAAGCCCAGGAAGUAAGUGCAGGGUUCCGCAGCUUGGACACAGAGCUCCAGAAGAUGCUGAUUGAUGAAAGGAUGCGCUGUGAGAACCACAAAACCAACUACCAGACACUUAAAGCAGAGCACACAAGACUGCAGGGUGAGUAUACACAGUCCCAGGCUGAACUCAGAAGGAUGCUGAGUGAGAAGCAGGUUGGUCAGGAGAAGCUGCAGCUGCUCCUGGCAGGGCUAAGAGGAGAAGUGCUGGAUAAGACCCGGGAGCUCGAGGAGCUUCGAUUACAGGUGAUAACACCUCAGCGGUUGGAGUUAUUAAAAGCCCAGCUGCAGCAGGAGAUGGAAGUUCCUAUUAAGGAGCGCUUUAAUAAGCUAGAGGAGGAAGCUGAGAAAUACAGAUCUGAAUACAAUAAGUUGCGCUAUGACUUCACCUUUCUCAAAUCUGAGUUUGAUCACCAGCGAGAGGAGCAUGAGCGGGUUUUGGAGGAGCAGCGGAUACGUUACAGUGCGGAUCUGGCUCUCUUGGAAAGGGAGAAGGAGAAGCUGAGUGCACAGCUGCAGAGUGGAGAUUGUGUGACCGAUGGGAAGCGUGUGGAAGCUCUGCUGAGAGAAAAGGCGCAGCUACAUCAGAGGCUCUGCAGCCUCGAGGCCGAGGUGGCGGAGCUCCGAGCGGAGAGAGACAGCACAGGAGCACAGGCAGAAAACACACAACGCAUCCAGCUCCGCCAGCUGGCCGAGUCCCAGACUGCACUCAAGACCCUGGAGUCGGAGAAGCAGUCCGUGUGCCUGCAGUUAGAUCGAGUGGAGAAGGAGCUGCGCUCGAGCCACGAGCAGCACAUCGUCCUCACGGGCAAACUGCACAAGGCCGAGAGGGAAAUACAUGCCCUGAACAGUCAGGUUGAAGAAAUUAAACACGCCCAUAGGCUGGAACUGGCUAAUGUUAAGAUGGAGUUUCUGAAAGCCAGAGGAGAACUGGAAAGAGAACGAGACAAACUGCAGACUCAAGUGGAGAGUCUGCAGUCUGAUAUUGAAGUUUUGACCGCAGCGGGUGAGAGGAGUAAAGAGUUGUUGUCGGAAAAAGAGCAGGAAAUGGUGCUUAAGAUACAGGAAGCUAGAGAAGAAGAGAUGCGGAAAAUUGCUGUGCUUCAGGAGGAGAAGUUGGACAUGGAGAAUCGUGUCUCUGAGCUGGAGCAGCAGAAGGCUCUGCAGGAAGCAACCGGAAACUCUAAGAACGAGGAAUUUGAGGAUCGUCUCCGUAGAGCAUUUCUUGGGGAAGAAUCUGCACGUAAAGAGCUGCAAAAUAUCAAAGCGAAACUGCAGCAGCAGACACAGCAGUUAGAGGAUCUGGAAAGACAAAAGGCAGAGAACACGGAGUUGAGAAGACAUAAUGCGGAGCUAAACGUGCAAGUCAGCACUCUGUCAUAUUCAGAGCAUGAGCUGAUGGACACCAACGCAAGGCUGAGGGAGAGUCUGGAAAGAGUGAGAGAAGAGUUGCGAAAUGCUCGCACACAAACUGAGAGGAUUCAGCAAGAAACUGAAAGGCUUGAAGAGGAAAGACGUGUGGAAUGGUUGGAGGAAAAACAUAAACUUCAGGAAAGAGAGGCAGAACUGCAGGAGAAGUACAGCCAAGCCAAACAACGCAUGCAAAAAGCUGCACUCGCCCAAAAAAAGAGAAAGACUCUAACUGAGGCUAAGGAGAAGAAACUGCAGGAUAAAUUACAGCUUCUGGAAGCCAAGAUAGAGGAACUGGAAAUUGAGAGUUCUGUGGCCAAAAAAAAUCCCUCGUUUGCAGAGGAGCAUGCUCAACUUUGUAGACGUCUAAGCGAGCUGCAGAGGAGACACAAGGAGUUUCGGCAGCUGCUGAUGGGAAACCACACGCUCUCAAUGUCUUUACCCAACGCUUUAUUCAUUACAGGACCUGAGGGCAGCUUCAAAAACCCACAGGAGGAGCAGCACAUGCGGGAGUUAUCAGGGCUACAGAGGAGACUGGAGGAACUAGAGAAUAGUCAACAGCAACAGCUGCAAGAACUGACUCCUCCUCUGGAUCGAGACAGAGAAAAAGACAGCAACUCAUGACAGCCUGGCUGACCUCUGACCUUUCACGCUUUUGAGACUGGAGCCGUCAUAAUAUUGUGCCAAGUUAAAUGUGGGUCCAUUUGUUGUUUUGUAAAAAACCUUUUGUGUUUAGAACAUAGAUGAAAUCUUUCGUCUUCCUGAUUCUGAUCCAAACAAUAUAUUAGCUUUAAAAUUGUUGAAUAGACGUUAAUGAACAUAUUUUAGGUUCAUGCAAACUCUUUAGCUAAAGCAACACUACAGGCUCAGAAAUAUCUUACCUACAUUAAAUCUGCACUCAUGAGUUUUUUUAAUUAGGUUGUAAAUUUAUUAGUAAAUCUCUGAAGGAGGAGACCGAACAAGCAGUUUCAUCUUACAACAGCCAGUUACUGAAUUACUUCUCAAAUUAUUCUACCUUUCCGUGACCCUCUGUCAGGGGGAGGUGGUAGCUAAAUGGUUCAGGCUUUGGAUCGGAAGGUUGUGAGUUCAAAUCUCAGCUACACCAUGCUGCCCCUCCUGGGCCCCUGAGCAAGGCCCUUAAAUCCCAUACUUAGUUGUAUGAAUGAGAUAAAAUAUGUUAGUGGCUCUGGAUAAGGGCCUCUGUCAAAUACUGUACAUUGUGUUCAUUCAGGAGAUGAUAGUGUUCAUUGGUGCUACUCCAUUGGUUUAUAUACAGUUGUGUGCGUUAACGUACAAAAAUAAUGUAAUGUUCAUGUAAUUUUACUUUUUUAAAGCAUUCAGUCGAGAUGUGACUGAAGUGCAGCCCAGACACCUGAACUCGUACAGGACCCGACACAAACGUGUGCGGGUUGCAGGAGAAUAAAUAUUUUCGCAGGACUCUGCGAAAA